UCCAUUAAUAUGAUAUUGCCAGAUGGAAGAAAAUAACAAGGUAGGCCUAAACUGUAAUAAGAUAUAUCUUAUAGACUGCUUCAGUGCAUUUGGAAAGUAUUCAGACCCCUUGACUUUUUACACAUUUAAUUUUUUACGUUACAGCCUUAUUCUAAAAUGGAUUACAUACAACAUUUUCCUCAUCAAUCUACACACAAUAUCCUAUAAUGACAAAGCAAAAACAGUUUAGACAUUUUUGCAAUUUAAAACGGAAAAAAACAGAAAUACCUUAUUUACAUAAGUAUUCAAACCCUUUGCUAUGAGACUCGAAAUUGAGCACCGGUGCAUCCUGUUUCCCUUGAUCAUCCUUGAGGUAUUUCUACAACAUGAUUGGAGUCCACCUGUGGUAAAUUCAAUUGAUUGGACAUGAUUUGGAAAGGCACAUACCUAAGGUCCCACAGUUGACAGUGCAAAAAUCUAUUUUAAUUCCAGGUUAUAAGGCAACAAAAUAGGGAAAAUGCCAAGGGGGGUGAAUACUUUCGCAAGCCACUGUAAAUGGUUCAGUUCACAUAAACAGUCAUUAUUUUCAGUUUGAGAGAUCAUCCCGGGCUUUGCCCCGUCUGCUGUAGCUGAGAUGUCCCUGGAGGACAUAGAACAACAAGACUAUGAUGUUUCUGACACUGAGACAGUCAGAGCCUUGUCCCAGUCUCUAGACCUGCCUGUCUGUGUGGUGGAUGACCACCUGACCUCUGAAGCUGUCAAUGAGAUGAAGCAAAGCAGCACUGUGGAAACCACAGAAGAAGAGAGCCUCAACAGUGCCAAAAAUCUUGAGUCUUUUUCACUGAUUAUCAACUUCCUGCAGAACCUAACUGAGGAGCAAUGGAGUAGGAUUCGUAAUGGCAUUUCUGACCCGCUGACAAAACAACAGCUUGCCGGCUUGUGUCUGAGGAUUGUCCAGUUUUUAUCGGACAAGCUGAUGCAGAUCAUCAUCCCAGGUCUUUACGAACUACUGGGCAUCCAAGAUGCUGCCUCUCCAUUGUCACAGAGAUCUCUCACAGCGUCACUCACCAGUCUGUUAGACGAUAAGGUUAACACCAAGUCCCGUGUGAGAUUUACUGAGGCUGGUGUACCUAAGAGGCCAGGCAGUCGAAAGUCUUACAAUAGCUUUCGCAUCCCGACUCCCUACCCUUCCUCCAACUGUAUGGAUCAGGAAGAGGAAGAAGAGCAGGAAUCACAACAACUUAAGUUCAAGGAGAUUUACCUGACUAAGGAGAUGGGCAGUCUGGGCAGUGGAAGCUACUGCCCAAAACCAUUGCCCAAGCCAGCCAUGAGAACCUCUCUGUCUGAUGUGCAGAAGAAGACAACCAACUCUGACUCGCUACAAGUCCUCUUAGGUGUCUCAGAGGACACCCUCGUCACCUGUGUGCAGGACAGCCUGCAAGGUUCUCUCUCCAAACUUGCAUGCAUGUCCAAUCCUCCAUCUGGAAGUGCAGGCUCUCCGAAGACACAUUUUUGGCAUCGCAUGUUGGCUUCAUUGAGGAUCUUGAUGCCCUGA